CGCCAUUGGUGUGACACCGGUCCCGCCCCCGUCCGCCUUCCCCUCCCUCUUCCGCCGGCCAUGGCCGCCUCCGCCCUGCUGAGGCUGGGACGAGCGGGGCCGCUCAAGACCGUUCAGCUGGAAGCAUGGGGUUUUCGAGAUUUUGCUCCCACAGUUUCCAUCCGUGCCAAAUCAGAGAACAGUAAAAAGGACCGUCUGCCAGAGGAGACUAAAAAGCAGCGUGCACCAAAGACUAUAGGGGCACCAAAGGAGAGGGCCAACCUCCCAGCCACCCAGUCAGCAGCUGAAUUUCCUAAAUCACUAUCUUCUUCUGAUUCUUAUUCAUCAGCUUUAAAGAAAGGCGAAACUGUAGCUAGGAAUAACCCUGAGAACACACAACUCACAAAUGAAGAAUUCAGGAAAAUUUUGUGGAGGAAGACAUCCGUGGACUUUCCUCAACGCGCAUCAGCUUCUCCAUUCAGAGGAAAGGGGGUUAGCUCAGCAAAAUCCAGAUCCAACAAGAAGCUAGAGGAUGACUCCUCUUCGUCUUCAUCUUCUUCUUCCUCCAGCUCCUCUGAUUCAGAUUCGGAUGGAGAGGAUAGCACCUCCCACGUCGCGACUAAGCCACAGAUUUCCUUUAAAACUAAUGAUGAAUUUCCAAGACGGAAGGCCCCCCCGCUCCCCUCCUCCUCUGAGAAAACUAGAAAGCCCUCUGAAGAGAAGGGCCUGAACAAGAAGACACGGACAGGUCAUGUCCAUUUGAAAAAAACAGAUCACCUAGAUGUGGAAGCUGCCCCUAGAGAAAAGUUCAAGGUUUUUGAAGAUGCCAGAAAUAAAGCUAAAAUAGGCAAGGCGGAAGAGACAGAUUUUUUUAAAAAAAGAAAUGCAAAAGAAACAUACGCCCAGAGAAGAGAAUUUAACUUUGAAACACUUACAGAAAAUCAGAAGCCAACAGAAGUCAAACCAACGCUAUCUCACCACCCACAAGCAGGAGCGUUGGCUCAGAUGAAAGCUUCUUUGGCUCCCCAAGUGCCACGGUUGGAGGAAGAAACCAGAGCAGGGCAGCAACUGGAGGCAGCACCGCCCCAGACCAGAGAACAGAUUUGGAGAGAAAAGGGAGCGGUGGUAAAUAUGGAAGCAGCAGCGUCUCAAGCCACAGGUGACGCUUUGCAACCCACGAUCCCAGGAGUAAACCUUGAGGCAAAGGAAGAAGUCAUUCAAGACUCAGCUCAGAGGGAAGAGCAAGGCACAUUACAGGAGCCUGAAACAGCUGCUGAACCUCCUGAGCCAUUUGACAAUUCCACCUACAAGAACCUCCAGCGUCACCAGUACACAGCGUUUACUUUCUUAGAUUUUAAUCUGGAUCUGUCAAAAUUUCGACUGCCUCAGCCUUCUUCUGGAAAAGAGUCACCCAGACACUGAGCUCAAAAUUUGGAAGAAAAGCAAUCGAUGGCUACAUGCAGGCUUCCUGAGCUAAUUAAGCUGUCAAGAAUCUCAAAAUUGCCUAAAUGACUUACCCUUAAUCAGUUGCAAUAACUUCACGUACACUUGGGGGGGGCACAUUUACAGUGUCUACAUGAGGGAGUUGGUGCAAUUUUAUCAAGAAGAUAAUUUUGUUUCACAGUAUGAUAAACGAAGUCACGGUAAUAAUGGACAUGUAAUGCCAAAAUUCCUGCUGAUUCUACAUUGGAGGCUCCAUUGCUCAGGAUGUGGGUCAUGUUCUAAUACUAGUGAGCAUCUAUAAAAUAAAGAUUGUGGUGAAAGUAAAAAAUUCCCAGAUUUCCAGUCAUGCAUGAAGGGUAUUUUCCUGUGAUAACAUUUUAAUAUCUUAACUGUCUGCUAUGAGUGAACAAGGUGAUUUUGCGAGUGGGACAGAGGCCCAUUCACCUCUCUAGAGACCCUAGACUGUAGCAAAUUCCUUGAAGGGGGGGUCCGUGUCUGUUUAUGGUACUUAGUACAUGCUCUGCACAGUAUAAGCACUCAAUAAAUGUCAUUGAUCCAAUGGCAGCACAUCCGCAUCCUGCUCUGAAUCCAGUUGUCCUCUCUAUCUGUCCGCUUACCACCAUCUUGGAUACAGGGGGACCAAAAAGAGGUGCUAAGCUCUGGGCCUAGGCCUGCCCUCUAGGAUUACUUAUGAGUGACACGAGCCUGACUCCUUGCCAAGUCUUCUACCCACUAUACUACGGGGUAGUCCUUGAGAUGCCCUGGAAUUCUGACAGGGGGCAAAGCCACCCCUGCAGUACUCUUGGAUUUCUUCAAGCCCGAGGAUCUGCCCUUGAGUAGCCCCUACUCCCUGCCACCCCUUUGGCAGACCGGAGUGGGGAAGGGGCCUCCAGAGGGCUAACAGGAAGGGUGAUCAAUCAGUCAAUUGUAUUUAUUGAGUCCUUACUGUGGGCAAAGCACUAUACUAAGUGCUUGGGAGAGUACAAUACAAUGGAGUUGGUAGACAUAAUCCCUGCCCUCCAGGAGUUUACAAUUUAGGAUGUUUCUUCUGGACCCCCUUGGCUGUGCCCAGAAGGCUGACCUGCUUGUCACUCCCUUUAUCUGCUUUUCAUAGAAUAGUAACUCUCCAGAAAACUCUAGUUUCACUCAGCUUCAUUUUGUCCUUGGUCCUUUCUGGUAGUGUAUUGGCAGCUGCCUAAAAGUUUCCAUCAUCUUUGUUUAGCACAGAAGCAAGUUUUUCAAGAAAAUGUCUAUUAUUGGACAGUUUGACUAUUUUCAGGAAGCCCUGGGUAGACCUCAGUGCUGUUAGCAGUGAGGCUAUUUAUAGCAGCUUUGACUCCAGAACUAAUUUAAACUUUUUUAGCCAUAGGCGAGCUACACUCAAGCCUCCAAUCAGUUACACAGAUUGUGAGUUACCAACACAGACUUUUUCUACUUCUUUAAAUGAAGCUGAAGAAGAAAGGUACCCAAUUUUCGAUCAACUAGACUCAUUUGGAAAAUAAAAGUCUGAAAGUUGGAAACUUGGAAAUGGGAAUGCCCACAGUUUCAAAGUAUAACCUACGGUAGAAUUAUGCAGAGGCUGGGCAUGGUUAGGGAGCAGCAGGGAAAUGGGGAACCAAUUUUCAUAUUUAUAAUGGGGAGAAAAAUAGAAUGUUUGGAGGGAGUAGGAGGGUGGAGGUUUAUGUAUCAGCAGGUGGAGUCACUAAGUAGAAUUAAUACAUUUAUCUUACUUCAGAUGAAGUGAAAGUUAGCUUCUCCAUUGAGGAACUUUGGGGUAAAAAUAAGGAUUCAGGCUUUGGUUAAGAGUUAACCUCUCACUGAUAGCAUUGUUCCCCUGGAGAAAACUGUUUCUGACAUAAAACAUUUGGACUCAGUUCCUGGGAACCAACUGGUUUGAAAGUUUAAGGGUGGAUUUGGCAAAAAGUGCCACUAACUAGGUAUUCAAUCAGUCUAUCGAUGGUAUUUAUUGAGCACUUACUGUGUGCUAGUGCUUGGGUGAGUGCAGUAUAACAGAGUUGGUAGACAUGUUCCCUGCCCACUAGGAGCAUAUAGUCUAGCUAUUGUCCACUACAACAACUGAAAUCUUAGUAUAGUGAGGGUUCACUUCUUUUAAACAUAUGUUUAUCACAUGAUUAUUAAAUAUCCAAAGAUCACCCUAGAUAGGGCAGGUAAAACUAGGUUUUAAAUUUCAACCUAAACAUUUCUCUGAGAUCUGUCUGAAUCAGAGAAAUGUUACUGUCUUUUUCAAAUCAAAGGAUUUGAAAGCUGUAACUAAAUUAUCUACUUGCUCUUGAUCUCAAGCUGCCAGAGUCCAUGAAGAAACUGAAGAAGCCCUUGAGAAAGGGAAGACUUCUUGAACAAUGAAACAUCUGUCUUUAGUUUUCCAUUGAGGAUGAAUUCUCAUUCCUAAAGUAUGGUCAUUCAAUUUUGGCUGUGUAGUCAGGCUAGAUAAGAAGACAUCCCAAUCUUUGUAAUAGCCUGCAAAAUAAAGUAGCUCUCUAUGAA